GAUCCAAACAUGAUAAUGAUAAUGAUAGAGCAGAGCUCCUCCACCUCGUCUCCUUUUUGCUGCUCUGCUGCUCCCCUCGAACCGGAGCUCCUCCACGCUCGCUUGCCGCCGCCCUGAUUCCCCCCUCCCUCCCUCCAAGCCUCACCAGUCCCCCGCCGUCGCGCCGCCGCGGUCGAGGGGCUAGUCUGCGCCGGCGACCGGAGAGGAGGAGUAUUAUAAGCAGCCCUGAAGCCAAAAUGGCAGCCUUGCCACUGGCCACCGCGGAGGCCUGCGACGCCAACUCGCACAUGAUCACCAGCGGCGAGCUCCGCGCGCUGCAGCCCGUCUUCCGGGUCUACGGGGGCCGGCGGCUCUUCGCGGGCCCCGUCGUGACGGUGAAGGUGUUCGAGGACAACGUCCUGGUCCGUGGCAUCCUGGAGGAGAAGGGCCAGGGCAGGGUCCUGGUGGUGGACGGCGGCGGGAGCCUCCGCCGCGCCCUCCUGGGCGGCAACAUCGCCAUGCUGGCGCAGAACAACGGGUGGGCCGGCAUCGUGAUCAACGGCUGCGUCCGGGACGUCGACGAGAUCAACGGGUGCGACAUCGGCGUGCGGGCUCUCGGCUCGCACCCGAUCAAGUCGGACAAGAGGGGGAUGGGCGAGAAGCACGUCCCGGUCACCGUCGCCGGCGCCAGGAUCUGUGAUGGUGAGUGGCUCUACGCCGACGCCGACGGCGUCCUCGUCUCCAGGACCGAGCUCAGCGUGUAGUUCCUCUCUGUGUAUACAUUUACUUGUGUGUAAAAUGAUGUAUGCAUGAAUGAAGUGGGCUCUGCACAAAACAGAGGAGGAGGGCUGUUGCUGCUUCAGGACAGAAGCUCUGAUUAUCUCAACUUGAGAUGUCAGCAGCUCGCAACUCAACAUGUAAAUAAUAAUGGCAGGCUUGCCUUGCUUGAUCAAAUGGAAUGAACAAUGGGGAUUUGGGGAUAAUAAUUAUACUUAUUGGAUGCCUUCA